UAUACGAUCGAUACGGACAGAUGGGUAUACAAAUGGCAGACCGUAUGGGCGGGGAAUUUCUUGACCCGCAGGUGAGCAGUCUGCUGAGUUUAUUUGCACUUGCCAGCGCGUUGGUCAGUCUCAUGCUUAUCGUGUUCUUCGCGCUGCUGGCUGCUCGCGUGGAUGGCCGCCGCCAGUGGCCCUUUGGAGUGGUGUUUACGCCCCUGUGGAUCACAGACACUGUUGUGGUUGGUGGCAUGCUGGGGCGAUGGUAGAGAGGUUUAGAAAGAGGGGUUCGAGCCGCAGGGAGAAUGACAACAAUGAUGGAGAGAGCAUUCGGUCUGAUAAUUCCUCGACAUCUUUUGUCGAUGCCAAUAAUGAUGCCGACAGUGAUGCUGAUGCGCCGACAGACACAACUCCGCUGUUUUCUUCAAAUGAGGCGGUCGGCGGCUCCCAUCAGCAGCAGCAGCAGACACGUCGUCGCCGCCGGAACAGGAGCAGCGGCGACCAGAUGCGUGCAUUUGGAAAGUUUGCUGAGUCGCAGUUUGCGAGCUUGUCUGCAGCCGCCCCGCUGAUCUACGUGCUCCUCAUUGUAGCGUUCCAGAUUUCCCUGGUACUUAGGCUAGAUGGCAAAGUGCACUGGUCAGUCUGGCGAGUAUUCGUGCCCUGGCUGUGCAUUGAAGCCAUUCACUUUAUUCUUCUGACGCUCAGCCUCCUGGUUGCCCUCACGAAGCCCGACAACCAGCAGCAGCCAAUGGCGAGGCGCAUGGCAGCUGAGGCUGCCGAGAAGUACUGGUGGCUGCUUAUCCGCCUACUGCAGAUCACUAUGGUGAUUCUCAAACUCAACCACACGUUGAAGUGCGACUGGUUCUUGGUGUUUGUACCCACGUAUGUGCCGCUCGUGCAGGCUGUUGUUAUGCUGUACAGAAUGUUCCGACAGAUGCACAAUGUGGAUAGCCCAGAGUCUGUGCAGAAUCAGCAGCGGGGGGCUUUCAUUGCUUGUUGUAUUUUGCUUGCUAUGGUUUCGUCAUUUGUUUAUUCGUUUAUUGCCUUGCUCGCGUGGAAACUUAAUCUGCCGGGUGCGGUUCGGCUGGUAUUGGUGCUUAUUCCUGUUUUUGUCACACUAUCACUUGCCUGCUGCCUUUGCUCUUGUCUCUCCUGCUGCUUUGCCUUGGGUUUCCAGCCGCCAUCGGAUGAAGAACAAGGUGCAGGGAGCGACAAUGCUGGUAGAACUCCAUACCGACCGACCGGAGAAUCGAAUAAUCAACUUUGGUUCAUGUAGAAUAAAGUGAUAAACAUACAAUAGGUUUUCAAAUAUAAAUUAUGAAAUGGCUAAUGCUUCAAACCUCUAA